CACAGACUUUAUGGCAACAGACUGUACAGUAUGUGCCCAGGCCCAAAUACAUAAUUCUUGGCCCGGUGGGAAAACUGGAACGGCCAAUAUCAAAGGAAGGCCAUCGCUACCUCACUCAUACUUACUGUACAUAUCCUACAAUCACACUGCACAUGUACAUAUCUACCAUCCUCUCGUUCCUCCGCUGCACUCUCCUCUUCGCUUUAGCGCCGCGCUUCUUCCAGGAAAUGGGCUGCAAGCCGUCGAAGCCGCUGCAGACCGUCUACCCGGGACCCACCACCGGCAACCAACAACAGCAGCAAGGACCACCUCUCUCUGUCACAGCCCCACAGGCAGAGGGGACAGCUAACGGCACGUCCACCGACUGGCCGUUCAUCACUCGCUCAGGCCCCACCCUCCUCGAAAACGACAGACCCUUCCGCUUCAUAACGUUCAACGUCCCGAACCUGCUUCUCAUCGAAGACCGGCCAGGCCAGCAGGGAACGUUCCUCAUUCCCGACACGUUCGAGCAACACGACGCUUUGUACACCAUCUCCCAACUUGGUGGCCGGGUGGCACGCACUUAUACGCUUGGAGUGGGCGAGAAAUAUCACAUUACCGGCCCGCGCACAUAUAAUGAAGAAGCGUUUGUUGCGUUGGAUCAUGCCCUUGCCAUUGCGAGAAACGUGCGUGUGAGGCUGAUUAUACCGUUGAUCAACAAUCAUUGGGGCGGGGACGAUGGUGGCACAUCCGACCCCAGUACUUGCGUGUUUGGAAACUACGCGGCGUUGACAAAGUUGAGGGGAAAAAAACCGUCGGCGUUCUGGAAUGAUGCUGAGUUGGUGGAGGAUUUCAAGCAUUUGAUAUCCUUUGUUAUGAACAGGGUCAACACCGUAAACGGGAUCAGAUACGGUGACGACCCUACGAUUCUGGCUUGGCAGCUAGGCAACGAGCUAGGUGGCUGGACAGGCAACAACCCACCCGCCAGCUGGACAAUCGCCAUGACCCAACACAUUAAAUCCCUUGCACCUCGCACCCUGGUCGCAGACGGAUCCAUCGGCGGCAAAGACUCUAGCGCGAAGCUGAGCCGUGAAGCACUGGCCUCGUCUGCAGGCCCGGACAUCUUCGUCAACCACUACUACCACGGACACGAGGACCUCAAACGCUUGCCGAAAGACGCCGCGUUGAUUGGCAAGAAACACGGGAAGGUUUUCAUUGUGGGAGAGUUUGGAUUUGCGAACACACGAAUGUAUGGCUCCUUGUAUGAGGAUAUGCUGAGGAACCCGUUGAUUAGCGGGUCCUUGAUGUGGAGUCUGAGGUCCCACAGCAAAGACGGCGGGUUCCUAGUGCACUCCGAAGAAGGCGGUAAAUUCUGGUCCUACCACGCACCCGGCUUCGUCUUCCCCCCCAAUACCCAACCGCCGCCGCACGGGUUCGGCUCCGACGAGCUAGAAGUGAUGAACCAGGUCCGCCACUACGCCCUCGCCAUCCAGGGUCUCAACCCGCAGACCGUGCGCCCCCCGAUCCCGUUCCCCCCGCCGACGCUGUUGCCGGACAUUGGAACCAACUGGAUCCGGUUCAGGGGCAGUGCGUGGGCGGCGUCGUAUAACAUAUACAGGGGGCGGCAGAGCGAGAAUGGCGCGAAUGGAAGGAGUGAUGAGAGAAAUAUUGUUUGGGACCCGCAGCCGCUUGCGACGGGCGUGUCGGAUGCCAAAUGCAGUGGGUCGACUAUUUUCCAGGACAAGACGGCGGUGCCUGGCGUGGGGUACUAUUAUGCGGUGCAGGGGGUUGGAACUGGAGGCGAUCUGACGGCGGUGGGCCCGGCGGUGGGGCCGGUUUGGUGUUGUAACAAAUGAGAUGUGCGCCCCGCCAUUUAGAAGUUGGGACCAUUCAUUCUCGAGGUGCAUCAUUGUGCCACUUUCUUCUGUACCAUAUGUUUUUGUUUUUAUCCCUUUCCUCAUUGUCCUUGAUUCGGACUGCGGUAGAAGGACAGGCGUAUGAGGUACAAUACUAU